AUGCAUAUUACGGCUGCAAAAAGUACUCUCGCCGCCCUGGCUCUUCUGGGCUCGGUGCAGGCUCAUACCAGGUUCACAACACUUUUCGUUGAUGGCCAAAACCAAGGCGAUGGUGUCUGUAUCCGUAUGGACAUGAACGCCAAUACAUGCAACAGUCCCAUCGCUGGUAGUCAGAGUCCUGAGAUGGCUUGCGGGCGAGACGGCGAGAAGGGAGUGGCGCGUGUCUGCCCUGCAAAGGCUGGCAGCACCCUCACCUUCGAGUUCCGCGAAUGGGUUGAUGGCUCCCGACCAGGCGCUAUUAACCCCCAACAUGAAGGUCCAUGCGCUGUUUACAUGAAGAAGGUAGAAUCGGGAAUUGCCGACAACAACGCUGCCGGUGAUGGCUGGUUCAAGAUAUGGGAUGAGGGGUUCGACGAAGCGGCUGGCAAAUGGUGCAUUAACAAGAUGAUCGAUAACAACGGUCACCUUUCGGUCAACGUGCCAUCUGACAUCGAGGCCGGUUACUAUCUUGUUCGACCAGAGCUGUUGGCCCUCCAUGCCGCGCAGGACAGUCCACGUGACCCACAAUUCUACGUUGGAUGUGCUCAGAUCUACCUCGAAAGCACAGGUUCGGCCAAGCCCGCCACCAUCACGAUCCCUGAGAACUAUGUUGAUAUCAGCAUGCCGGGAUUGACCUUCAACAUUUAUUCCAAGCCUCUUGCUCUGCCAUAUCCGAUGUAUGGUCCCUCAGCCUAUAACGGUGGCGGCACAUCUGCCACUGCCACCACCCCCAGAUCCCCUGUCUCUUCGUCCAGUGCAGUUGCCUCUUCUUCCACUUCAGAUUAUGUCCAGGCAUCUGAGGGCACAACUCCUGAUGCUCCUGCUCCUAGUGAUGCCGUUGAGACGGAUAGCACAGCAACAGAUGACGCUGGGACGGAUGGCUCUGACGCGUAUGACACCCCAGCCAACUUUGUGGAAGUUGACGAUACUCAAGCCGAUGAUGAUGAGGUUGAUGAGACCGACGCAAAUGAAACUCAAACUGACAACACCGAAGAUGAUGACUCAACAGAAGUUGACGCUGGAGAGGGUGAUGCUGAAGCCGACGACACUGAGGUCGAUGACUCGCAAGAUGAUGGCGCCGAGGAGGAUGACGCAGAGGCCGAUGACACAUCAGACGAUGACCCAUCAGACGACGACACCGAGGUCGAUGACUCGCAAGUUGAUGGCGCUGAAGAUGAUGACACAUCAGACGACGACACCGAGGUCGAUGACUCGCAAGAUGAUGGCGCUGAAGAGGAUGACGCAGAGGCCGAUGACACAUCAGACGACGAAUGCAACGCUGAAGAAAGCGAGGAUGACUCUGAGGGCGACGAGCCCGCGAGUUCGUCUUCAUACUCGCGCCGCGAUGUCCAGAUCGAAGGCCUCAAACCAGAAGGUUGCAUCAUGGUCAACGCCAACUGGUGCGGUUUCGAAGUCAAGUCCUACUCAGACGAGAAUGGCUGUUGGUCUGCAAGCGCCGAUUGCUGGACACAGUCCAGGGCUUGCUUUGACCAGGCACCACCAACGGGAGCCAAGAACUGUGAUCUCUGGAAUGACAAGUGCAACAACCUCGACGAUACUUGCAAUGCCAAACAAUUUACGGGACCACCUAAUGCUGGAAAGGAUCUUACUCCAACACCGCCAGAUUUAGCCGAGACGGCGUCGCGCAAGCUCAUGGCUUUGGUCAAGAAGCAUGAAAGCCAUGUCAUGAGACGCGCAUAUCGUGCACGACACUAG